AUGCCUCUUUCUCAUUCGGUUGUUCUCCGCUUGGCUGCCAGCGCCUUUGCAACCACAUUCGUCGGAUUCGGCAUCAAUGCCAUCCUUCGUCCUGACCAUGCUCUCACUUUCUUCGAGUUCCAACCACCUACCUCUCUCGUGGACAAACAGGUUGUUGACAGUCUAAUGGUAAUCUAUGGAAUCCGGGAUGUCUUCAUGGGAGCUGCCAUAUAUGCGGCCUCGUAUUUCGGCACCCGUUCAACCCUGGGCUGGAUCUUGAUUGCCGCUAGCAGCGUUGCAUUUGCAGAUGGGUAUGUUUGUUGGACCCAUGGCCAGGGGCAGUGGAAUCACUGGGGAUAUGCACCAAUGAUUGCUGUGGCUGGCAGCGUGUUGCUGGGUGCAUUCGAUGGUGUGUGA